CGACGCCAACGGCUGCCCCUCGCUCUCCAGUGUCUUUGCCUUCCGGCAGAUCGGCGAGAACAUCGCCGAGGCGGAGAUCAGCUCAAUGUUCAAGCUGCACAACAGCAAUCAGGUGCACGUGCAGUGCAUGGUGGAGCUGGUGGCGAACUGUCGUUUCUGCGAGUCCACCCUCUGUCCGGAGCUGGCCGCCGGAAACGAUACCCGAAAGGCGAAGAUGAAGACCGUGCCGGCGCUGCAGCCCGCCGACAUGCAGAUGCUCGCCUCGACGACGGCCUAUGUCUUUGAGCCGGACAGUCUGAUGAUGGGCGCCUCCAUUUUGGGCGCGGGGGUCAACGGUGCCGGCGGCGUCAAUGGCAUCCCGGAGAACUGCUCCGAAUGGCGCUUUCCCUGGCUGAUUGCCCUCUGCAUCAUGCUCGGCGUACUGCUCAUCAUCAUGCUAACGAUCAUCGAGCGUGAGCCGACGAUCAUCGAAGACUACGACCCCUACAAGAUCGACGUCGGCUUCUACUCGCCGUACGACUCUCGCCUGUCACUCAAUCGCAACUACCACCCCACCGCCAUCGGCGGCUCCUUCGCCGGCNCCGGCAGCGGCGGCAAUGACAGCGGGGAGCACUUCUUCAGCAGCAGUCAUACAGCGGCCAACAAUAACCACCACCACCACCAGCACAAUCACGGACACCAACAUCAGAAUGGCAGCAGCAGUCACCACCACAACCACCGUCAGCAAUCACCGGCGACUGCGACAGGAGCGAGCAACGGUGUCACC